UAUUGAGUGGUUUCUUUUUCAAAAUUGUUUUUUUUUUUAAAAAGUGAUAUCACAAGAAGUUCAAAUCAAUUUAAAUUUUUAAAAUUUAAUUUAAUUCAUUAUUUGAAAAUUAAGAAUGUGUUUGUAUUACUUUAUAUUUGAGAAAAGUAUUAAAUAAAAUUAAAAUCAAAAUGGAAACUAGAAAGAAGAAAAAAAUCGAUUAUAGUGAAAUGCUUGGUGCAGAAGAAGAUUAUUAUGGACCUGAAAAAAUUUUAUCGGCAAAUAUUAAAGCGAGAAAACGGAGAAAUGAUAGUCUAAAUAACAAUUCCAAACCAAGUAAAAGUGCAAAGAAAGAUAUGAGAUUUUAUGAAAACGAUACAACAGCUAAUUGGGAAGAAGUUGUUGUAAAAGAAGAAAUGGUGAAUUCAGAUUCUGAUGACCUGCAGUCGGAAGAUGAAGAUAUAGAAAAACAAAUGGAAGAUGCUUCAAAUUAUUUAGAAACAUGCGAUGAUUUUAUUCCAAAAAAAAUGAUAUCAAAAAAAUUUUAUUCUGAAGAUAUCAAGCUUCCAUUAGAUCUCUAUUUAUCACAAAACUCAAAAGUAGGGGAUAAAUGUAAUUUCAUUAAUUACGUUCAUGGGUAUUUGAAAAUAUUACUUAAUGGUUACGUAUACUUUUGCAAUAGAGUGGUUGAUAAUAUAUUUUACUGGCAAUGUGAUCAAAAUAAAGAUUGUAUAAGUCAGGCAGUUACGAUGUAUAAUGAUGGUAAACAUUCCAUUAAAAGUUUAGACGAGCAUAGCCAUUCGCCGGAAGUAAGUGGGAACUGUUGUUUGAAAGAUUCCUCUAUUGCAAUGUAUUUACCAAUGGGAAUCAAACAAAGUUCUUUUGAAAUGGGUGACGUAAAAAAAAAUCGAUACUUAGUUAGAAAUGGAUAUUUUUACGUCAGGAAGAAAACAGAAGAUGAUAUUGACUUUUGGGUAUGUGAGCAUUAUAAAUCUGAAGGAUGUAAAGGUGGAAUAUUAACAAUAAAAAAUGAAGGACAAUAUUAUGUAAAGUACGCUAAUGAACAUAAUCAUGUUAAUGAUUUAAAAAGACAAUAUAAAUGUAUUGAAAAAGAGGAUGAACUACCAAUGUGUAAUAUUGAAACAUAUUUCCCCUGUGUUGAAAAGCAAGAAAACGACCAUGAAGAUUCCGCCUUAAAUAAUGAUGCCAACGAUUCUGAUGGAGCCAAUUAUAAUGGCGAUAGUGAUCCAAAUGAUCCAGAUUAUGAUCUAGAAAGUAAUCCAGGGGUUGAAGAUAACGGUAUUUUUAUUAAAAAAGAAAAUUAUUCAGAUGAAGAUGAUAUUAUUGAGAGUGAAUUAGAUGAAAGCAAAGGUGAAACCACAGAAAUUGUGUGCGAUUUUAUAAAUUCACAACGUGGUAAUCCUAAGUUAUGUAUUAAUGGUUAUAUGUAUACUUUGAAUAGAAAGACUAAAAGUAGUUAUUGGACUUGUGAAUUCAAAAAGAAAAAAAGCAUUGACUGUAAAGCUAUGGCUUGCACAAUUGAGAGAGAAGAUGGUAAACAUGUCGUGCAAAAAAUGACGGAUCACAAUCACCCUCCACGAACUGAUCGGAAAACUAUUGGUCAAAUUCUUAAUAGGAUACGCGAAAAAUGUAUUGAAAGGACUGAUUUAACAGCUAGUGAAGUUGUGGAAAGUGAAACAGGAGCUUUACCUGUAGAGUUACUUGAAGCUUUGCCAUCUCGUAGUGCAAUAUAUAGAAUGAUUUCACGGAAGCGGCGUUUAGAAGAAGCUGCUCUUGGAGGUUCUAAAAUAUAUGAACGUAAAGAGUUGAAAAAGUUAAAAUGUGAUCUUGAUAUAGAGACCAGUUUUGAAGUCAAAGACACAAUAGUUUGUAAAACAGUGGAGUCGAGCCGUGGAAACAAUAAAUUAAUAGUAGAUGAUUAUUUGUUUAAUCUUAGUCGGGUUGCCGGAAAUAAUCAUUACUGGAGAUGUGAACAAAGAGUUUCGCAAAAAUGUGUUGGAUUUGCUAUAACAAACUGUAACAAUGGGGUCCAUUAUUUAAAGAAUAUAAGAGAACAUAAUCACGAAUCUCAGAAAAAUCGUAAAUUUGUCGUUCAAGCAAUGAAUACCAUUAAAGAAAGGGCUCUCAAAACUGAUGAAGAUGCUAUUUUAAUUGUAGAAGAUGCCCUAAAGGAUAUAUCGGAAGAAGUUUUAAGAGAAUUGCCUACUAAAGAAACUUUAAUUCGAAAAGUUAAUCGAACACGGUAUUUAUAUAAGCCCAAACCAGCAACUGAUGAACAUUCUAAUAAAGAUGAUGCGGGUGAUGAAAAGUCACAUAUUUAUGAAAUUAGUGUAGAAUUGGGAACACCAUGUCAAUUAUUUUCUCCAACGAAUAAGGGUAACUUUAAACUUAAUUUGGAUGGUUAUUUUUACCACAAAAAUCGUAUUAAUAAUGAAAUGCAUUAUUGGCAAUGUGAAGAUAAUAAGCACUAUAAGUGUAAAGGAGUUGCGACAACUGUAUGCACAGAUAAUGGUCAACAUAUUUUAAAAAAAGCUAGAAAACAUAAUCAUCCCCCCAAGCAAUCCAGACAAGAUAUUGCACAGAUAAUACAAAAAAUUAAGGAAAAAGCUAAAACAACUAAUGAAGAUUCUUCCUUAAUUUAUAAUGAUGAGGUGGAACAUUUACCAGAUGAAAUAAAGAAUUUAUUACCACAACGUUGUUCAAUAUUAAGCAUGAUAAAUCGUAUUAGAAAACAAAAUUGUGACGGAGAAGAUAAAAAGGAACCAAUAAAAUAUGAUGAUGAAUAUGAACACAUAUUUGAAAUAAAACAAUCACCGGAUACAGAGUGUGAAUUUGUUGAAUCGAAGAGAGGUUUCGAAAAGUUAACUAUUGAAGGAUAUUUUUAUGUUCGUGAUAGUUGUGAAAAUGACUUACUUGUAUGGAUCUGCAUGGACAAGAAAAGGGGUAACUGGAAUUGUAAUGGUUAUGCUAAAACUUAUAGAAAGGAUGGUAAACAUUACUUAAAAGAAGUUAAUAAUCAUAAUCAUCCACCUAAUAAAAAAAGAGUAAGACGUUAUUUAAAUUAUAUACGAAAUUUAAAAAGGAGACAAACCCAAAAAAUAACUGGAAGUGAACAAAAUAAUGAAUUGAAAACGACUAAUAUAUUAUCUGAUCAUAUUCAUGAUCCAUUUGUUGAACCAGGAAGUGAGGUUGAAAUUAAUGUUAAUCAUAAAGGUGCAACAAAAUUAAAUUUAAAUGGUUUUCUUUUAGUAAGAAAAAAUGUAAAAUUAAAUUCAAUUUUUUGGGUAUGUCCAAGGAAAAACGGCGUUGUUGUAUGCCGUGGUAAUGCAAUUACAACUGAAAAAAAUGGUAAACAUUACUUAAAAAGUACAAGACCACAUAAUCAUCUUGCACCACAUGAUACAGAUCCCCCUGAAAUAACAGAAGUUAUGAUGAAAAUGAAAGAGAGAGCAAAACAAACAGAUGAAAGUAUAGCAAAAAUUUUUGAUAAUUUAGUAAAAGAUCUACCAUAUGAUAUUCGUAGUAAAAUACCAAAAAAAGAUGUAACAACACGUGCAUUACGUCUUAUUCGUAAAAAAACUCGUCCAAAUUUUGUAAGAAAAUUGGAUGUUGUUGAAAGUAUUUUACAACGUAUGCGAGAUCGUAUUAGAUCAACAUUGGAGACACCAUUGCAAGUUUAUAAUGAUGUAAUACCAUUAUUAUCAUCAGAUAUUUUAUUAAAGAUGCCAAAAAGGAAAAAUAUUUUAAAAUCAUUAAAUAGUGUUAAAACGAGAGCUGCGAAAAUUGCGAAAAAUAAUGCGAAAGUGGGAAAAGAUAUAAGAUCAAAAAAAGAUUUUCCAAAGUACAAGGACGCCGGUAACAAUUCUUAAAUAAGUUAAAAUAUUUAAUAAAAAAAUAUUUAAUUAAACAGUCUGAUAUAAUAUGUAAUUUUAAAUGAUGUAAUAUGUAAUUUAAAUUAAAAUAGAAUAUUACUGACUACAUUUCUAAUAUUAUAGAGCUAACUGGAUUGGAACUAAUUAAAAAUGAUGUUAAAUAAUUAAAAUAUUAUUAAAAAAGUAAAGCAGAAUAACUUUUGUCUGUUCGUUUGACUACAAGAUUAUAAUGUAGAGUUUACAUAUAGCCUAACAAGUUUGAUUUUUAGUAAAACCUAAAGAUUUUCUUUCCUUUUUUUGUAACCAACUAAUUGUAAUUAUUAUUUUUCAAUUUAAAAAGGCAUAAAUUUUUAUAAGAAAGUCGUAUGACCAGAAAUCUAUUUAUAGAUUAAUUAACUUGAAAAUUUUCGAAAUAAAUAAAAAGGAUCUUGUUUGACAUAUAAACUUAAUUUAAAAUUAUCAAAUAAUUUCAAAUAUAAAAGACAAAUAAUUGAUGUCUCUUGUAUUAGAGAUUUUUACAAAAAUAUAAACAUGAGUAAGUUUUAUGUGGUUUUUGAAUUCAAACCGAAAUUAUGUUUGAACCAUAAUGCCGUAGAAACUCAAUCACAAUGUGAACUCCACACCAAUGUGAAGAAAAAUUUAUUUUAAAAAUUAAUAUUUCAGAAAACUUUUGAAAACGUUCUACACACACAUAUAAUUAAUUCAAUUUACAUACAAAAUGUAAAA